GAUUCACCUGUGCUAUUUGACUAGUUUGCUUGUCUGACUUGUUCUGCGCAUUAUGGGCGUUACUAGUACGCAUGACUUUGAGCAGGCUUCUCUUUCACACAGAUUUAUGUUUGGAACAAGCAUCUUCAUUGAUAUCAAUCAGUCAUGGAUGGUCUAACUCGUGCAAAUGGUGUCUUCGCCCUGGACCUCUAUCGGGCUCUGAGUGCGAGCAACGCCGGGGAAAACUUGUUCUUUUCCCCGCUGAGCAUCAGCACAGCGCUCAGCAUGGUCUACUUGGGAGCCCGAGGAAACACAUCCAAAGAAAUGGCAAAGGUUUUGUCCUUCAGUUCUGUCUCUGAUGUUCACCCUCAUUUUGCGACCCUCACCUCAGCUAUCAAUAAUCCUUCUGCCUCCUACAUCCUUAAACUGGCCAACCGCCUCUAUGGAGAGAAAACCUUCAGCUUCUUACCUGACUAUUUGGACUCCACGCUGAAGCUGUACCACGCUGACCUUCAGGCGGUGGACUUCAUUGGAGCAUCUGAAGAGUCACGACUUAUAAUCAAUAAAUGGGUGGAAGAGCAGACAGAGAAUAAAAUCAAAGAUCUUCUCAAGCCUGAUAUGGUCACUGGGAUGACCCGGCUAGCUCUGGUUAAUGCCAUCUACUUCAAAGGGAACUGGCUGAAUAGAUUUAAUGCUCAAGAGACUAAAGAAAUGCCAUUCAAAAUGAAUCAGAAUCAAAGCCGGCCAGUGCAAAUGAUGUACCAGAUGAAAAAGUUCCCCUUCAAUUACAUCCAUGAGCACCGCUUGCAAGUCCUUGAGUUACCAUAUGUACAGGAGGAGCUCAGCAUGCUGGUCCUUCUGCCUGAGGAAACUCAUGAUGGCACAGACUGUCUUCAUAAGCUGGAGCGUGAGCUGACCCUUGACAAGCUGCUCGAAUGGACCAAAAGAAACAAUAUGGACACCCAGACAGACAUUGUAGUGCAUUUGCCCAAGUUCAAACUGGAAGCUGAGAGCUCCUUGGCUGAAAUAUUGGUGGGGAUGGGUAUGACCUCUUUGUUCCAGGGGCCAAUGGCUGAUCUGACAGGCAUGAGCAGUCAGGGUGGCCUGUUCCUUUCAUCAGUGGCCCACAAGGCCUAUGUGGAAGUAAAUGAAGAGGGCACAGAGGCGGCAGCAGCUACUGCAGGCCUUGUGGCUUUCUGUAUGAUACGCGAGGAGCACUUCAUGGCUGAUCACCCCUUCCUGUUCUUCAUCAGGCACAACCCCACCAACAGUAUUCUCUUUCUUGGCAGAUUCAGUGGCCCAUCUUAAGGAUGCUGUGUGUUCUCUCUUAUACCAAAGUGAAUAAUAAAUAUUAUUCU